CUGAAAUAUCAACAACACGAACACAUGUUAAUUUGUUUUUGGCAGUCUAUAGAUUAAAUUUAGUUGUUUACUUAGGUCUGCUUGGUUGUUUUUAUUUAUGAUCGUGGGCGUGUGAUGAAAAGGGUUGCUGAAAUGGACCAACUAACGUAUCAAACAGCUGUUAAGAAGGCCCAACUGGUCGAGAGGAAUCCCCAAUUGCAGUUGGAUCCCAUGCGCGUUUCUAUGCACCAGGAGGAGGAUAUCAUAGCCUUGGCCCAACAGAUCCAAAAUGCAGACAAACAGUUGAAAAACACUACCUGCCAUAAGCUGGGGGUUAUAAUGGAGCAGAUCAAGAUGCUUCAGGCCCAGGCCAUGGAUAUACUGAAGGAGUCGGGUCUUAACCAAGAACUGCAUAGUGCGGCCUGCAACUUCACCAAAAAACCCGGGCAAAUCUACCAUCUUUAUCAAAGGGCAUCGGGUCAAAACUAUUUCAGCAUGCUAUCACCGGAAGAAUGGAAUCUAUCGGUUGACCAGACAUUUAAAGGCAGCUAUAGGUUGGAAUUCGAUUUGAGCUGGACCCCAGUGGAUAAAAUUAAGGAGCAGGAUGAGAAAAUCAAGUGGGCAGAGCAGUGUAUGCAAAAGGCCCUAGAAAGUGGGCGAGGUUCAGCUAUGGCCAUUGACUUUAAUAUAAAUAAUGAAUAAGAUAAUAGAAAUUAAAUGAGUAAAUGGUUUGUA